AUGCUUCAACGGCCUCACUUCAACGCUUCAUCGCAGCACACGUCGGCGGCCGCACGCUUCGCCGACGCCACUUCGGUGGCCGCACGCUUCGGUGACGCCACUUCGGUGGCCGCACGCUUCGACGACGCUUCGACGACUCCACGCUUCGACUCCUCCACGCUUCGACUCCUCCUCCACGCUUCGACUCCUCCUCCACGCUUCGACUCCUCCUCCACGCUUCGACUCCUCCUCCACGCUUCGACUCCUCCUCCACGCUUCGACUCCGGCGCACUCAUCGACUCCGGCGCACGCAUCGACUCCGGCGCACGCAUCGACUCCGGCGCACGCAUCGACUCCGGCGCACGCAUCGACUCCGGCGCACGCAUCGACUCCGGCGCACGCAUCGACUCCGGCGCACGCAUCGACGACGGCGCACGCAUCGACGACGGCGCACGCAUCGACGACGGCGCACGCAUCGACGACGGCGCACGCAUCGACGACGGCGCACGCAUCGACGACGGCGCACGCAUCGACGACGGCGCACGCAUCGACGAAGGCGCUCGCUUGGGCGGCGCACGCCUUGACGCGGCACGCCUUGGCGCCUCAACAACGCCGCACGCUACGCCGCAGCACGCUUUGACGCAGCACGCUUUGACGCAGCACGCAUCAACGAUGGCGCACGCAUCAACAACGCAGCUCGCUUGGACGCCGCACGCCUUGACGCCGGCGCACGCCUUGACGCCGGCGCACGCCUUGACGCCGGCGCACGCCUUGACGCAGCCGCAUGCAUCAACGACGCCGCUCGCUUGGACGCCGCUCGCUUGGAUGUCGCACGCCUUGACGCCUCAACAACGCUGCACGCCUCAACGACGCUGCACGCUUCAACGACGGCGCACGCUUCAACGACGGCGCACGCUUCAACGACGGCGCACGCUUCAACGACGGCGCACGCUUCAACGACGGCGCACGCUUCAACGACGGCGCACGCUUCAACGACGGCGCACGCUUCAACGACGGCGCACGCCUUGA